CCAAGCACGUUGUCAGCUCAGGAGGAGGAGAGAGCCGCCCCACCCCCGUCUUGCUUUUUGCGCUGGCGGGAUCGCCUUCUGAUAUUCCCGAUUCUCUGUCUCUCUGUCUCUCUCUCCCUCUCCUUUUUGGGCCCAGGAAGGAGGAAAUGCAUUCGCCGCCAUCUUCGUCUUCGAGGAAGAAGCUCAAACCAACUGAGAAGAGGGACGACGACGGCGACGCCGACGAGGAGGAGGAGGAGGACGAGGAAGAGUCCAUAUUAGUGGCUCUGAUUGAGCAUCGCUACAAGGAAGUCGAUCACCUCCGUCAUCGCGUCGCUUAUUACACCUCCCAGCUCCAACUGGCAGAGAAGAGGCUCAAUGGUUCCAAAGGUAAAUUGGCUCUGCUGCGAAGCAAACACUCGGCGGCGUCCUCUGAAGCCGGACUUCCUACUACUAAUGGGACUGCAAACGUUAAGACGGAGCGCCGAUCGACCAGUCCCGUCGGUACGAGUGAGGACCCUUUCUUGCAUUCGCUGCCCCCAAAACCAAAACUAUUCAUUUCUGCCCCCAUUCCCCAGGACUCUCAGCCUCCCCACCACCCCUACUUUUCAGGCUCUGGAUCAAAGCCAUCGGCUGGCUACAGUGCCCCUCCUACUUCUUCGAUCCUCCAUCAAUCCCCAAGUGCCAGGACUGUUAAGGAGGAGAAACCUCGCGGACGUCCUUCUCUCCGUGAUUCCGAGGCCAUUCAAGAUAGGGGCACCAAAAGAAAUUUUGAACAUAAAGAACACAGAGAACUGAUCCCGUUGAUACGCAGCGCAUCCUCUCCAUUCACCAUUCGGUGCCAAACAAGCAGUCAGGUUCCCAGUCAACACAAGAGAAAGCUAAGGAGUCUAGCCUUGUCUCCAGCGCAGGAGCUGCUUUUUGCAACCAGUGCUUUGGAUGGAGUUGUCAACUUGUGGCAAAUUCAGGCUAACGGACAUUCUGCCUCUCUGCUCAGUACUUCUGAUUGUGCUUCACUACGGGAGAGGAGAUGGCCUGAAGAUGUAGCUUGGCAUCCUCAGGGAAACAGACUAUUUUGUGCAUACACUGCUGAUGGUGGGGACUCUCAAAUCUCAAUCCUAAAUCUCAAUAGAACAAAAGAGAGAGCUCGCGUAUCUUUCAUGGAAGCUAAGCCACACCAGAAGGGAGUUAUCAAUAGCAUUCGCUUUAUGCCUUGGGUAGAUAAUUGCUUUGUCACUGGUGGCUGCGAUCAUGCUGUCAUACUCUGGAAUGAGGAUGGCGAUGAUGACGAUAACAAGUGGAAACCAAAGGCAUUACAUAGGAAUCUGCAUUCCUCUGCUGUAAUGGGGGUUGCUGGAAUGCAGCAAAAGCAGGUUGUACUGUCGGCUGGGGCUGACAAGAAAAUUAUUGGGUUUGAUGUGCAAACUGGGAGGCUGCAAUUUAGGCAUCAAAUUGAAAGCAAGUGCAUGAGCGUCCUGCCAAACCCAUGUGACUUCAAUUUGUUUAUGGUUCAAACCGGGGCUCCUGGGACGCAGCUGCGGCUGUUUGACGUGAGAUUGAGGCAGACUGAGCUGCAUGCAUUUGGAUGGAAGCAAGAGAGCAGCGAAACACAAUCUGCUUUAAUUAAUCAAGCUUGGUCUCCUGAUGGCUUUCUCAUAACAUCUGGCUCGGCUGAUCCCAUCAUACAUGUCUUUGAUAUCAGGUACAAUGGAUGCAGGCCUUCGCAGUCUAUUAAAGCUCACCAAAAACGCGUCUUUACCGCUGUCUGGCACCACUAUCUUCCUCUUCUUAUAUCCAUCUCUUCGGACUUGAAUAUUGGUAUCCAUAAGAUCACCUCAUGAGUUCAGAAUGAAACUUCCAUCCAUAUGUCAUGCGGACGUCGUGGAGAAUCUUGGUUCAUGCUUGGUGCAUUACCUUGCCUCGUGGUAUGACUGACGAAAGUUGAGUGACAGAAGUGGUAUCCAUAUAUUUUGCAGUUCUUUGUAGCCCAUAAAUGUUGUGAAAGUGUAAUUUGGCAACAACCUCGUCAAUCAAUUAACAUUGUCAUGUAAUCGUGGGGGUUGGACCCUUCACACUUGAUAAUGAGAUUUUGGAUGAAAGAUAAGAUCAUUACAGAAA